AUGAGCGAGCCGAGUGCGAACCCCCCGCCGUCGCUGCGCAUCAAGCGCGCCACGGGCGCUGCGGGAGCAGCCGGACGUGCGCGUUCGUCCAGCAUGGGCGAGCGCAUGACGCGGUCAGACUCGGCGCCGGCGGGACACCGGCCGCGGGGCAAGAGCCUCGGCGAAAAGGACGCAGUACCGCCGGGGGCCAUGGCGCGCGCCAAGGGCUGGCUCACCGCCCCGUUCGAGUCUCACGACGAGAGUAUUCCGCGCAGCGAGCGCCGGAUGGACCUCGCGCGCCUCGUGCCGUUCACCAGUCGCACCGAGGCGGUGCCGGCGCUGCCCAAGUACCUCUCCGGCACCGAUGCGCCGCAGAGCAUUUUGUACCCGCCGUCGCCGGCGAUGCAGCCGAAUCCGAGCACGGGCACGACGCAGUCGGCGCCGGGGCGAACGCCGCACCUCACGAUCCAGGUGCCCGAGGUAGUCCGGGGGCUCGAGCCGGUGCCGCCAUCGCCCGCCGUGCCGGAAACGCAGAGCGCGCCACAGUCGCGCAGGGGAUCCAUCGCGACGACGGUGAUUGGCGCGGCGUCGUCGAUGAACCCGCUUCCAAGGAUCUCGUCCAUGUGGGGGGGGCGCAACGACGAGACGCAGUCGCACUCGAGUCACCCGUCGGAUCACGAUCACGACGAAGAGAGCAGCUCGCGGCACUGGUCCUCGUACGUCACCCCGUCCCUCUGGCGCCGGGGGUCGGGGACCGACGAGCUGCGCCGCGACGACGAGCGCCUGCACUCGGACCGCAUGGUCGACUACCUCGACGUGCUCGACCCGGCCGUCGGUGUGUUUAAUACGCUCCAGGACUUUAGUAACAGUGUCAUGCUGCCGCACAUCCCCUGGAUCUACGACCGGCGGCCGACCAUCAACAUCGGCCGGGUGGUGGGCGACACGGCCCCCGACGACCCCAUGUCGCCCCUGUCGCCCGUCGGGCCGGACGAUCCGCGCUUCGAGACGCGGUCGGCGCCCCCGGCGCCGGACGAGGCCGAGGGCGGCGAGGCAAUGCGCCCAUCGCGCUCGCAGCACAGCGCGAUCUCGAUGCCGGCCGCGCCCGACACGGAGCAGCCCACGGCGGCGCCGCACGAGCUCAAGGCGGAUGCCGAGCGCCUCGGGCCGCCUGCGUCGAGCGAGACACGCACUUCGUCGGACGAUAAGGUCGAUGCACACAUCGACUCGCUCGACGAGUACCCGGACGACGACUACGACGACCCACACACCGAGCGCUGGUGGAGUCUCGACGCGGACGAGCGGGCAGAGCUCGACCACCACAUCCGGCACCUGCUCACGAACAAGAGCAAGACGAAGCGUGUGAUCCGCGGCUUUUGGAACUUUGUACGCACGCCGACCGGCUUUAUUCUCACGACCUACGGCCUGCUCAUCACCGGCUGGGGCAUGCUUAUUAUGCUGCUUAUUAUUCCCUGGGCGCACGUCGGCGACAAGCACACGCAGCGCUACUGGAUCGAGAUUUGUGACCAGGUGCUCUGUGCGCUCUUUGCGGCCGUCGGUCUCGGCUUUGCGCCGUUCCGCGCGGUAGACACGUACCGCAUGGCGUACAUUGCCCACUACCACUUUUUGACGUACAAGCGCCGGCGCUUGCUGCACCUGCCCAAGCUCAAAAACGAGAACGAGCUGCCGCGGUAUUCGCAGGGGCGCAUCGAGCGCAUGCUCGCCUCGAAAGACGGUACCAGUGCCGCGCCGGAAGAGGAAGAGGGCGGCAAGGCCAAGGAGCUCACCGAGCCGACCAAGCACCUCGCGGCCCUCGGCGUGAAGCACGCCACCGGCGGCCACGCAAAAGAGGUGUACGGCGUCGAGAACUUCUUUGGGCCGCUUCCCGGACAGCCUGGUGCGGUGCGGCACGCACCAGACGAGCUGCAAAAGGAGCGCCUAAAGCGCUCCCCGUCGCUCGACUCGCUCGUCGACAAGGACACCGGCGAGGUGUCGGUCCUCACGCCGACCGAGCAGGCAACGCUGCAGCACCACCAGCGCCUCUUCCACGCAUCGCAUACCUUUUACCGCUACUGCGAGACGGCGACGCACUGCCCGUUUCCGCUGCGCCUCAUGAUGACGAUCGUCAUCUUGCUGGACUGCCACUCGGUCCUCCAAGGCACGCUCGGUGGGAUUACGUGGGGCAUAUACUACGAACGCCGCCCUACGGCGCUCACCGCGACGAUCAUCACAUGCUCCUUGUCGUGCAACGCCAUGGCCGGCAUCCUCAUCUGGCAGGGAGGCAGGCGCACGCGAAAGACGGAGGUGGUCGAGCGCCAGGUGAAACUCGCUCUCGAGGAGCGUGCGAUCGAGCGCAUGGAGCGCAAGCGCCGAAAAGCCGCGCUGCUCGAGGCUCAGGCGCAGGCGCAGGAGCACCUGCAGCCCGGGUCGCCCAGCCGCUCGCGGCCCAGCGGAUCGUCGCUUCCUUCGUCACCGCUGCAAGACCAUCCCCUAGGCGAAACUGUAUAG